AUGCAGUGGCGUCUCCUCCUGAUCUGGGCCCAGGUGCUGAAGCAGGCGCUCCUCCCCGCAUCAGGAGCUGUGACAGGCAGAAUAGUAACAAUGGGGAACAUUUCUGCAGAGGAAGGUGGUUCUGUCACCUUACAAUGUCACCUCUCCUCCACCACUGCCAAAGUGACCCAAGUCAACUGGAAUCUGCAAGACCAAGUUGUGGCCGUCCAUCAUGCCAGCUUGGGGUGGCACAUCGAGCCUGCCUUCAGGGAGCGAGUGGUGCCAGGCUCCAAUCUGGGCCUCACCCUCCGGUCGCUGACCAGUAACGACACAGGACGGUACACCUGCAUCUAUCACACCUACCCCGACGGCAUUUACAAAGGGGCGCUCUUUCUGCAAGUCCUGCGACACUCAGUGGCUGAGUACAGCGCUGGGUUCCAGAUCCCAUUGCUUGGAGCCGCGGCCGCAGUGCUGGCGGUCAUCUGCAUAGCAGUCAUCGCAGGGGCCACGCUGGCCAGAAAGAAAUCUCUCAGAAUCCGUUCUGCGGAAGGUGACCUUGGGAGGGGGCCGUCUGAACCGGAGGCGUGCAGACCCAGGGUCGUGUCCUCCCCCGGCAGCUGUGUGCAGGCGGAUGCCGGGCUGUGCAGUGACCAGGGCAGAGAGGACCAAGCUGAGGCCGAGCCGCACGAGUACUUCAACGUCCUGAGCUACAGAAGCCUGGCCAGCUUCAGCUUCCCCACUGAGACCGGUUAG